CAGUAACAGUGGGUGCUCUGCUAAGCGCGCAUAACAGUUGUCUUUGCUUUUGUUUUGUUCGCACUCGAGCGAAUUGAAUAUUGAAUUGAGAUAAGAUAUUUUCGUAUUUGGCCCACUAAACACGUCGGAGUGAAUAUUUUCAUGUGCGAUUGGGCGGCAGAUCACUUGGCAGAGCUACCAGGAUCGUGAGAAGCGCCGGAAAAGAGCUCCUUUGCGCCGGGACUGGGAUGUGCGCAAAUCAUUUAAACUGCGAUCCUCGGAUGUCGACGUCCAUUUGGUGCAGGAUCCCACGUCGCCCCGUCCAGGAGUAACUGCCUCCAGACUCAGCUGGCUGGAAACCCGAGGGAAUUCGACUUUAGAGCCGAUAUGUUGGCCUACUCCCACUGCUCACGGCUCCUCCUGCUGCUCCUCCUCGUGGCAGGCGCAUGCGCGCGGCCAGAAACAGUGCAGGAUUCGCAGGAUGAGCCAGGAACAGCCAUACCGGCUCCUAUCUCCGCGGGAAAUGAAGUGGAAGCUACCACGCCAUCAACUCCGGUUGAGACCAUCACCCAAAGUACCUCCAAUUCGGUGGCUGUGACUGAAGUAGCCACCACAACGGCCACGGCCUCGUCCACGUCGUCCUCCUCCACUUCGACCACCUCGGCUGCGCCGCUGCCGCCGGCUGCUCCCGAGGUUCCGGAGUACUUCAAGCACUGCUUCUACGCCGAGGAGCAGCUGUGCGGCCACAGCUUCGAUGGACGCGGCGAUGCCGGCGAGGGACAGGCGGCGGCGACGACGACGACGCCACAAUGCCAGUGCAGGGAGCACCCGAGGAAGGCCAACUCCUGGUACUGCUGCAACAUAUCGCAGCUGACGAUGAUCUCCAGCUGCAGCAACAUCUCGAAGUGGACCAGCCUGCAUGUGCGCAACAUGACCAUGGAGGACAUGGACCUGUCCAAUCCCAUCUUCCGAUCGCUGCAAUCCCUGGCCGUGACGGACGGCAACAUCACGCGACUGGUGAACGCCUUUCCCCGGCUCUCGGCCCUCAAGUGCCUGAACAUAUCGAACAACAACAUCUCGGAGAUCCAGCCGCGCGCAGUCAAGGAUGUGCCGCAUCUGGAGUUCUUCGGCAUGUCGAACAACAACCUGUCGCUGGUGCCCCAUCGCAAUCAGAACAAGAACAUAACGCUGGACAUCAGUGGCAACACGCGCAUGCUGUGCAACCCGCUCAACGAGAUCAUCUACAACGAGAGUAUCAACUUUGUGAACCCCAAGCACUCCUACUGCCAGUACAACGUCACCAGCACCUGGUUCCAGUCCACGGACAAGGUGUCCGUCGAGCAGCUGGAGAACAGGAAGCGCUGCAUGACCAACUGUCCGGUGAUCCCGAACUACGGCAGCUGCAACUGCACGCUGCAGAAGAUCAUGAUCAUCCAGGACAACCAGUCGAAGCCCCAGUGCCACGUCGACUGCUCCAAUCUGGGACUGGUGGAGCUGCCGCAGCGACUGCCCGACAACACCUUCAUGCUGAACAUCUCGAACAACAAGAUCACCAGGCUGGGCGACUACUUCCAGACGAACCCGACCUACUACAACAUCAACCGACUGGUGGCCGACAACAACCAGAUCACCUCCAUCUACGAGUUCGAGGGCACCAAGUUCAUCGAGACCUUCCAGCGCAUCUACAUGCGCAACAAUUCGCUUAGCAAGAUACCCGAAUACUUUCUAAACAACGCCCUGAUGGACUCGGGGCUGGGUCGUCGCAUCUACCUGGCCGGCAACAAGCUCGUCUGCGACUGCAACUCGGCCAAGACGCUGCAGAACUGGCUGAAGGAGCGCAGCUCCGACAUACCCGACUACAUGGAGAUACGCUGCCGCAACCUGCCCCAGAAUGUCUACGAGCUGCAGGAGGCCAAGCUGUGCCAGUCGCCGCCCGACUGGACCGACUACAUCUACUACCUGAUAGCCGCCGAGGUCAUCCUGCUGCUGGCGCUCAUCGCCAAGGUCUCCUACGACUACUGGGUCUUCAAGACGGCCGGCUAUCUGCCGUGGCCGGCUAGCAAGAUGCCCAAGUUGCCCUGCGACUGGUUGUGCGAGUCGUAAGCGCGGAUUGGAGCUUGAAAAAACAUCGACAGUUUGAAAUUUCUCUAUAUUUAAAGGGAGUUUUCCCUUUAUCGUAUCGAUACUGUGAAAAAUAUCGAAAAUAUCGAUCAUUUUUAAGCACUAGCUUGGACUUGCAGGGGUUUUUAUAGAGGAGACAGACAGAAAAUUUCUUUACCGUGACAUAAUCACAUGACAGUUUGCUAUUUCUCGAUAUUUAAAGGAAGUUUUCCCUUUAUCGUAUCGAUACUGUGAAAAAUAUCACAUGACAGAACUUUGUGCCUUUUAUAUAUAUACGAUUUUUGUUGUCAAUAGUUAAUAGCCCUAAGAACUGUAUGCAUGUUAUUGUCGUAAACUUGUAGUGGGUGCAUCUGGAAAUAUACGUAAACGCAGUAACGUGGAUCAGAA